AUGACAUCACUGAACCUGCCUACAGAGAUGACAUCACUGACUGGCUACAGAGAUGACAUCACUGACUCUGGCUACAGAGACGACAUCACUGACUCUGGCUACAGAGAUGACAUCACAACUCUGGCACAUGGUCGUAACCUCCUCUCCAUCGACUUCGACCGCAACACUCGGACAGAGAAGAUCUACGACGACCACCGCAAGUUCACACUCCGCAUCAUGUACGACACGCAGGGCCGUCCCGCCAUGUGGUUGCCUAGCAGCAGCCUGGCGGUGGUGAAUGUGUCAUACUCAACCACGGGUCAGCUGGUGGGGCUGCAGAGGGGCAGUAUGAGCGAGAGGACAGAGUUUGACCCUCAGGGACGUAUUCUGUCACGGUCAUUCAUAGAUGGCAAGGUGUGGAGCUACAGUUAUCUGGAUAAGUCCAUGGUCCUUCUCCUGCAGAGCCAGAGACAGUACAUAUUUGAGUUUGACGCCUCGGGGCGAGUCACGGCCGUCACCAUGCCUAGUGUAGCUCGCCACACCAUGUCCACCCACGUCUCUAUCGGUUACAUCCGCAACACCUACAACCCUCCAGAGAGCAACGCCUCCAUCAUCCACGACUUCAGCGAAGACGGCCGCCCCCAGGCCACCCACUACCUCGGCACCGGCCGACGUGUCCUCUACAAGUACGGCAAGCUGGUCAAGCUAGCUGAGAUCCUCUACGACAGCACCGUGGUGACGUUCGGUUACGACGAGACAGCUGGGGUGCUGAAGAUGGUGAACUUACAGAGCGGUGGGUUCUCCUGUACGAUACGUUACCGUAAGAUGGGUCCGUUGAUUGACAAGCAGAUCUACCGGUUCAGUGAGGAGGGGAUGGUGAAUGCUAGGUUUGACUACACUUACCAUGACAACAGCUUCCGUAUCGCUAGUAUGAAGCCAGUCAUCAGUGAGACUCCUCUGCCUGUGGACCUCUACCGCUAUGACGAGAUCUCUGGAAAGGUGGAACACUUUGGGAAGUUUGGUGUGAUCUACUAUGACAUCAACCAGAUCAUAACCACGGCUGUGAUGACCCUCAGCAAGCACUUCGACACCCACGGGCGCAUCAAGGAGGUGCAGUACGAGAUCUUCAGGUCCCUGAUGUACUGGAUGACGGUGCAGUACGACAGUAUGGGACGGGUGGUGAAGCGAGAGCUGAAGAUUGGACCAUACGCCAACACAACACAGUAUCGCUAUGAGUAUGACGGGGACGGACAGCUCAGCGGGGUGAAGGUGAACGACUGGUCCACGUGGCGCUACAGCUACGACCUGAACGGUAACCUGCACCUCCUCAACCCCGGGAACAGCGCCCGCCUCACGCCGCUCCGCUACGACCUCCGAGACCGCAUCACACGCCUGGGUGACGUUCAGUACCGUCUGGAUGAGGACGGCUUCCUGAGCCAGCGAGGCUCGGAUGUCUUUGACUACAACUCCAAGGGCCAGCUCCUUAGAGCAUAUAACAAGCUACCGGGAGGCUGGAGCGUCCAGUACCGAUAUGACGGACUGGGCAGGAGAGUGUCCACUCGGACCAGUCUGGGACAACACCUCCAGUUCUUCUACGCUGAUCUGAACCACCCGGCAAGAGUCACACAUAUAUUUAACCACUCCAGCUCAGAUAUCGCUUCACUGUACUAUGACUUGCAGGGUCAUCUGUUUGCUAUGGAGGUGAGUAGUGGAGAGGAGUAUUACAUCGCCUCAGACAACACCGGAACACCACUGGCUGUCUUCAGCAGCAACGGACAGAUGAUCAAACAGGUACAGUACACAGCGUACGGGGAGGUGUACCUGGACUCUAACCCAGAGUUCCAGCUGGUGGUUGGGUUCCAUGGUGGUCUCUAUGACACCCUGACCAAGCUGGUCCACUUCACCCAGAGGGACUAUGACGUCCUGGCAGGCCGCUGGACCUCGCCAGACUAUGCCAGCUGGCCCAAGAUCGGCAAGGACCCUGCACCCUUCAACCUGUAUAUGUUCAAGAACAACAACCCCCUCAGCGACGUGUUGGACAUCAAGAACUACGUCACAGACGUGAAGAGUUGGUUGGUGAUGUUUGGUUUCCAGCUCAGUAACAUCAUUCCAGGGUUCCCCCGUCACACCCUCUACUUCGUAGAGCCUCCCUACGAGCUGCAGGCCAGCCAGGACUGUGAAAAUGGACAGCUGAUAACGGGGGUGCAGCAGGCAGCGGAGCGCCACAACCAGGCCUUCAUGGCCCUGGAGGGACGGCUCCUUAACAAGGACCCCCGCAACCGCCGCAACAAGCCCGGACACUGGUUCGGCACAUCAACGCCCAUCAUCGGCCGGGGAGUGAUGCUAGCGCUGAAGGAAGGACGUGUGGUGGCGGCAGUUAGCUCCAUGGCAACCGACGACAGCCGAAAGGUUUCCCUGGUCCUCAACGGCGCCAUCUACCUGGACGGAACGCACUACACGCAGGAUGGAUGUGACUGUCACUACUUCGUUAAAGUCGGUUCGGCCGAUAGUGAUCUACUGAUGCUGGGGCUGACCAGCGGACGCAUGGCGCUGGAGAGCGGGAUCAACGUGACUGUGAGCGGGAGGUCGCGGCGCGGCGCCACAGUGGAGUUUGCGGUGCCGUCGUUAGCCCUCAGCGUGCGUUAUGGGCUAGCGCUGGACGUGGUGGACGAGGAGAGGGUGAGGCUGCUGGAACUAGCCCGGCAGAGGGCCCUGGCUGGGGCCUGGCUGAGGGAGCAGCAGAGGGCCAAGGAUGGGAAGGAGGGGAGCCGGCUGUGGACGGAGGGAGAGAAGCAACAGCUGCUGACCGCGGGGAGGGUACAGGGGUACGACGGGUAUUAUGUUCUACCUGUGGAACAGUACCCAGAACUGGCUGACAGCAGCACCAACAUCCAGUUCCUGAGACAGAAUGAGAUGGGCAAGAGGUAACAGCCCACCUGGACUGGGAUGGAGGACUGGCUGACUCUCUCUCUCUCUCUUACUGACUCUCCUCCUCCCCUUCUCCUCCUCCUCCCUUUCAUUCCCUCGUCCUAGUUACUAGUUCCUUCCUCUCUUCGCUCCCACCCCUCCCUGCCUUCUCCUUCUUUCCCCUCCAACCCCGCAGAAAAUGUAAAAAACAAAUGGGGUUUCUCACUGAACGCUGCAGGGACUUUUGAAAAGAAGAAUAUACUAGAAAACUUUUUUUUUUUUUACUUUUUCUGCCAUGGGCAAAAAAAUCUAACAUUUAGACAGAAGUUUAUUUUAUUUUUAUUUUUUGUUGAUGUUGAAAACAGACUGUGGAGAAAGGCACUCAUGAACCUUGAAAAACAAACUGUUGCUUAAUAACUAAGAUUCCCCUUUUUAAAAAAUAAAUCAAUAUUUUCACCCAUAUUUUUAGGGUCACUAUGAGGGCGUAAUGACAGACUCUGAACUGAUGGUGGCGCUGUGUGGUGCUGGGUGCUCUGAUAAGAGCCUGCCUCUGAAAUGAACUUGUAGAG